CCAAUAUCCCAGUGUAGGAGAACCAGCAGAGGCAGAGAACUAAUGGGAACCAUGGGAAUACCACUACCCAACUGCGUUUGGGAACCAAUAUGUUGAACACACUCUACUUGUCCGACUGAAGGACCGAACCUGAGCGGCGAAAGACAAAUGGUAAAAAGUUAAUAAUAGUAGACUUUCCUGUGAAAGCACAGCGACUCCUGACCCCCACUCAUUCAGCCAGCAUCUUCCUGAGUCGGAUGGCUCUGAACGACAAGAUGCAGUAAUGGAAGUCCACGCAGCAUUCAGCACUGUAGCCAUGAAGCAGCUGAAAGGGUAGGGUCUGCCGUGAGCUCGCCUCACCCUACCCGACCACCCACCCACCACCCUACGUCGACGCAUAACCCUGCAGCUCUACCCUUCUCCGCAACCCUCCCACCACCUCCUCCACCACGGCUUUGGAAGACGAACAUGACGUGCAUUGCGAAGACGCUGGUUGAUGUCUGAUAGAUAUACCUCUGAGGUGUCGAGCGUAAAACCAGUGGAGCAAUGAAUGGCGGAAAGGACUGUGAGGCGGGAGAUGAGAGGCAGGCCGUCCCUGUCCAGGUCCCCAUUGGCUGGCAGCGCAAGGCGGAGCACGGCGGCGGGGUCGUAUAUAUAAGUCCCAGUGGCUCGCUGCUGUCCAGCUUGGAGCAGGUGAAGACCUACCUGCUGACAGAUGGAACCUGCAAAUGCGGCCUGGAGUGCCCACUCAUCCUCCACAAGGUGUUCAACUUCGACCCAGGGGCAGCUGUCAAGCAGAGGACAGCGGAGGAUGUGAAAGCAGAUGAAGACGUCACCAAGCUCUGCAUUCACAAGAGGAAGCUUCUGGCUGUGGCCACGCUGCACAAGAGCAUGGAGACGCACCCACCUCUGACGCUGACCAGUCCAGGGGGAGGUACGUCGUCUGUGGUCGCUGCGCAUUCCACGUCUCAACGAGCAAUAAGGACUAAACCCCACGAUGGCCUGCCCAACGCUGUCGGCCCAGACUGCAAGAAUCCUUUCAAGAUGAUGAUGGCAGCUGGACAGCAGCAGCAGAGGCUGUAUCCACCCCAGGAGAUGGGUGGAGGCCAGCAGCCCGAGCUCUACCCUGGGUACCCCAGGCCGCAGAGGCUGGGCAGUGGGGAGCCAGGCCCCAAAUCCCCUUACCGGGUUGGGUACGGAGGCAUGCUGAGCCCACCUCCCUCCAGUGCUAAGCUGUACGGAGAUGGCUCACAGUCUCCCAGCGCGGACACUCUGGGCAGCCCUGAUGGCUUUCCAAGGACCAAUCCUUGUGGGUUUCCAGGAAGUCCUGGCUCGGCCUCCAUCCACGGGAACACCAGGACGCCUCUUUCCCCACCCAGUGUAAUGCUCCAUGGCUCCCCUGCGGGUCAGCCAUCCUGCGCCAUGACAGGGAGGACUAGCACGCCCCUCUCCCCCACGGCCACUGCCAAAAGCCCUGUCAUGAACAUGCCUCGGGGGAACUUCCCCCCUGGUAUGGAUAUGCCCCGUGCAGCGUUUCACCAUAAAACACAGCCCCCUGUGCAUCCUGUACCACCUCCUCCAUCCAUACCACCAUCCUGUGCCCUUCAGAAAAGGCAGUUGACCUCCGAAAAAGACCCAUUAGGCAUCCUGGACCCCAUCCCCAGCAAGCCAGUCAGCCAGCCCCCCACCAACGCCCCCAACCCCUCCAACUUCCAGCCUAACAUCCACUCUCAGGUACAAAUGAUGAAUGUAAACAUACCCCCUCCCGCCAUCGUUCCCUUGCCAAGCAACUUACCUUUACCCACAGUGAAGCCUGGGCCUGUGGGGCAUGGCGGCCAUAUUCAAAGGACUCAACAGGGUGGUCCGGCUUCCUCCAUGUCCCCCUCCCCUGUCACUUCCCCUGUCCACAUGGCGGGGCCUGCCCUCGGGAGAAUGGAGGCCUCCCCUCAUCGCUCACGCUCAUCCUCCACUUCCUCUGACCACGGGAACUUUGCAAUGCCCUCGGGGCACCAGGCCCCAUGUGGCAACAUGAAGGUCCCCCCUCGUUCCCCCAGGUCUGCCAUGGGAUCUCCCAGACCAGCCAUGCCCUCCAGCCCCUCCACCAACAAAACUGACCCACACCACCAGUACAAAGACUCACAGCUGCUGCCCGGGAUGGGAAACUCGAUGGGCACCCAGCAGCACAGCAACCCCAUGUACUCACCCACCUCUUCCUCGUCGUCGUCCUCUUCUAUGGCAACCCCCAGCGCUUCCCAGAAGGGCCACCCAGGACUCCUGGGGAUGCCCCUUAACCAGAUCCUCAACCAACAGAAUGCCGCUUCCUUCCCCGCCAGCAGUCUCUUGUCAGCCGCAGCCAAAGCACAGCUAGCAAAUCAAAACAAACUCAGCGCUGCUGGCAACAGCCCUGCUGGCAUGGCUGGAGGUGGUGGUGGUGGAAUGGCAGGCAUGGGGGCAGGUGGCGGAGGUAAUGGAGGAGGUGGCGGACACCCUGGCUCUAUGAGCGGCCCUCGAGGCAUGGAGGGACACAGCACUUUAAACUCAAUGCUCCCGCCAAACUCCACCAUGCUGCUCAACACUCCUGAGGGCCAGAGCGGUCGGGCGGCUCUAAGAGACAAGCUCAUGGCCCAGCAGAGAGACCCCAUGCGCAAACGGAAGCAGUCAUCAGGCAGCGCUCCUGCAAACCACGACAACAGUAACAACAUGGUCUACAACAUGCUCAACAAACGAGGCAUGGGAGGACCACACAUGGCAGGGCCCAGUGCCACCGAGCAGCUGCGGAAAGUGGGCCGACUCGGAAACCUUCCGCCAAACACCUCCAUGGCCCAGCUCCUCCAGUCCAUGAGCUGCCAGAGCUCCCACAACAUGGCUGGGAACAGCCAUCGUCCAGGUCUUAGCCCCGGCCCGGGGCCUCAAGGAUCUGCACAGCUGCACUACAACGACAGCACAGGUAUGGUCCCCAGUGGGCCUCAGCAGAACCUCCUAGCUCAGCAGAGGCUGCGGGGUCCAGGAGACGCCAUGCAGCACUGCCAGAACAUGGACACGUCUGGGGGCCAUCUGGGCUCUCGUCCGGGCCAGUUCCCCGACAUGAUAGCCCAGAUGCAGGCCUCCUCCAUGAGUAACUGUGGGCCUAUGGGGCCAGGUGGCGGACCGGUGGGGCCUGACGGCAUGCCGCUGGGACGCCCCAACACUAACCCCCCGCCGCUGUCACAUCCUGGCCCUCACCCAUCACAGCAGAACCUCCUCCACGGUAUGGGAAGGACUACCAUGGUGGUGAUGUCACAUGGAGGCGGUGAUGUAAGCUGUACACAGACCAUCUCUGACACAGGAAACCCGUCAUCCCUCGGCUGUGGUAUGGGCGGCCUGCAGCCACACGUCAACGCCGGCGGAGGUCCGAUGUACCAGCAGCAGGUCCACCAGGGCAUGCAGCAGGGCGUGGCCUCCCACCCAGCCUACCAGGGGCAGCAGCACUUCUCUGACAACCCACCGUACACAGACAGCAACAACGCCACCGCUGGCUCCAUGGCCUGCCUCUACCAGAACUACCAGCCGGGGAUGUUGUCGCACCCACAGUUCAGGGAGGGGCAGCAGCCCCAGAGCGAGGGUGACAGGGGGCCCGGUGGAGGCCCAGAGUCGGUGGACGCCAUCUACAGAGCCGUGGUGGACGCCGCCAGCAAGGGCAUGCACGUUACUAUUACCACCACAGUGAGCGGGACCACACAGGCGAGUCCCGUGCCUGCCCUCAGCGCCAUGAGUGCCUUCACUGCCUCGAUAGGGGAGCCUGUCAACCUCCCCCAGGCAGUUAGCACAGUCCUGCACGGGCACCAGGAAGGGGAGGCGUUACCCCAGCCAGCCAGACAGAGGCAGGUGAGGCCGGGUCGGGGUCAGAAGAAUAUGGAUCCAGGGAAAAGCACUCCAGACGGCCCCGAGGCCAACGACUACUUCCGUUCUCCUGGCCGCGGCACUCCCAGGGGGCAGUGGGACGGGGAGACGCAGCACGGGGGAGGCUUCGACGCUCACAGUAACAACAGCGCCUGGGGCGGCGAGGAGUUCCUGGAGUGCUCUACCCAGGUGAGGAGUAGUCCCUGCAUGGAGCGACCCGCCAGCCUGGCCCCCGCCCCGCCCUGCCCCACUGAGGGGUCCAAUGACCACGGCCUGGUCAUGGCUCACGAUAAAGCCUUUCUCGAUGACGGCUAUCGCUUCAACAACUGCAACCGGACACCUGCUAACUACAAGGAGCGCCUGGAGCAGACGGUGGAACGCUGCGUCCACAUCAACGGCGCCACCCCCCACUUCAACACCCGGGGUUACGGAGACGUCCUGGGCCCCCCUCGGCAGGAGCUGACGGGGGACGACCAGUCUCCCAGCUCCUCCACGAGCCUGGAGGGCCCUCUGGCCACAGCCAAAGACUACAGCCACUACAACGGCCACUUCAACGGUAUGGCACCCAGCCCCUCGGACACAAAGAGCCUGAGCAGCGAGGAGGACCUGCGGCAGCCGGACUCUCCCUCCUCAGAGCUGCUUCACUACCGGUCCAGGACCUUCAACAUGGGAGAGCUGGUCUGGGGCCAGCUGAAGGGCUUCCCACCUUGGCCUGCCAAGCUGGCCGGGGACGAACAAGUGCACAGCGCUGCUAUGCAGCUGCGGGAGCAGGCCAAGGUCGAGCCAGAGAAGCUAAAAACACUAACUCACGACUUGGAGGCACUCGCCGCCAAAAGAGGCCUGAAACAGGGGAAACUGAAUAAUCACUUGGAAGCUGCUAUCCACGAGGCCAUGAGUGAGCUGGAUAAGAUGUCGGGCACAAUCCCAUCGAGGGAUCGUCAGGUGAAGCUCCCCAAGCCUAAGAGGAGGAAGAUAUCCAGAUAACAUUGAAUGUGUCGGCCCAAGAACGUCCUCAAAGCCUUCGGAGACUUCGUCCGUUCCGCCUUGAUGCGAUCUGAGCUCUCUCACAGGUGCUACACAUGGACUUUCAGUGGUACAUCCUUGUUCCAUGAUCUCAACUUGACUUAAUGACUGACCACAGAAGGUGCUGGAAAUUCCAAUCACCGAUACAGUUUUAACUGUAGAGAAAAAGAAAAAAGAAAAACUAGAGAAAAACAUCGGUUGCAAUUUGUCUACAGCUCACUGAAUUAACUAUUUUUUUCUAGUAUAAGAUAGUAAAACAAACAAAAAAAAAGCUACAAGCAUUACCUUACAUAUUUAAGAAAAAUAGACAGUCCAAAUAUUUCUGAUACAUUUUCAAUAUGUAUAUAGAUAAUCCUGAAAUUUCAUGCUAUUAAGAAUUGUAUGUAAAUAUUGUACAAUGUCAUGUACAAGCAUACCUAAUGCACAUUUUAUCUUUUAUUGUACAAAAACAAAGCAGAAGUGUACCAAUGUCUUGGUUUCUAUUCAGAAAUGCGGUUGCGUACGGCCGCAUGCAUAGGAUAAAUAAGAAUACAGCCUAAAGCUUUUAUAUGAUCGACUGUAAGACGUGCUGUUUAUUUUUGUUUUGUUUUGUUUUGUAAGGGAACAGCAGUGGAACAGGCAUGAGUAUAUGAGUUCUCCAUUACGAGCGUCACUUCACACCAGUUAAGUGUUCAUUUGUAUAGGAAAAAAAAAGAGUUAAAAAAAAAACAAAAACAGAAUGAACUUUACCAGCAGAAAGUGUUCAAUGUUCCCCUGAGCAGGGUGGGAGAUGACGAGCGGCCGGACGUAUGUUGGUAAAUCUUCAUCUGCUACAGAAAGUCAUGCAUCAGGACAGGAGAGCCUUUUUGUGCGACAAAAGUGUGGCUAGCAGGUGGUUAGUUUGGGUUUACAGAUCAUUGUUAACUGGCAGACGGUUGCCAUUUCUUAAAGGAAAAUCCACCUUCAGGCACUUUUACGCUGUUAAGCGUCGUUUUCUGUUCACUGCAUUUCAGGAGUUUUGCAAAAAAGGGCUGCACAGUGUACGGAAAAUAUGCAAUAGCUUUGUUCAGGGCUACAAUUAAUGAUUACUUAAAUUGUUGACUAAUCUUUCGACUAUUAUUUCAAUGAACCAAUCAGGUCUUUGGCAGACUAUUCGUUUAGUUUCUGACCAAGAAGUUUGAGCAGUGUUGAGCGGGACAUUCAGGGUGAUGGCAACAUUCACAAGCCGAGUUAGCCUUCCGAGCUAAUGCAUGCUAACAACCGGUAGAGCGUGCAGGAGGCAGGACAUGAUGCGAAAAGUAUGCUGCGGAAAUAGCAGUGUUUUGGUUACGACAAAGUUCGGAAUUUCGUCAUUAACAGCUGAGUCUCCUGACGUUCUGUCAGAACUUGCGUGUUCUUUCUGCCCACAAGAAUUUUCCUAGUCGACCAAUAGUCAUCAUUACGGUCCAUUAAUGACGCUGUGGGCUAAUGGGCAUGUAGCUACUUCCAUGUUUCAGAUGAUACGUCAUGUUUGUAGUCGACCAAUGAAGAUGAGUUUACAUAUCACCUUGGGUUCGUCCUUCACCUUCUCAAAAUGAUCCCACUCUUUGGAUUUCCUGCCCGACAUGUUAUUAACUAGCCUGUGGAAUAACCGCAGGUACCAGCCCUGGAAAUUAGAGGCCGUACACAUGCUGCGUCUUUAACUGCAUGGGAAACGCGAGGUCGGGUGCUGGGCGCUACUCUUGUGCCUACUCUGUGGCAACUUUCAAGGUUGCUAAGCGACCAUAACCAGCACCGUAUCAUAGCCUCCUUACCAGAAAUCCUGAGUGCGGAGCUGAUCUUCUUCCAGGCGCUGUUUACAAGUGUGUAUUAGGCCAAAAAUAUGGGACAAACAUAGGCGCUCAAGAACGCGUGCAUAUUGUGACGGCGUUGCGGCAGGUGUUGAGCGUGCCUGCCAUGCAUCUCCAUUGAAAAAAAAUGUAUUCUGGGGCGCAAAAAAACGUGUCAGAGACCGAUAUAACUGCUUCAAUUCUCCGACCCCCAUCUGCUGUAUGUGAUACACUUACUCAGGAUCCAUCUUUCGCUAUCUGCGUGUAACCGUUUCCAAAUUCCCUUUGCUACGGGAAACGACAACCUCCGAGCUAACGACCUAGGCGCUGAAACGAAGACUCGGAUCAUGCGGUAGGGCUCGCCUGCUUUGUUCUUUCAGUGAAUUGUUGUAAAGAUCUCCGCUGAAUAGAACGACUUGUGAAUCCAGACUCUGUCUCACUCUACGAGUUGAUUUGAGACACCUUUAAACUUCGGCAGCAGCAUGCUCCAGUGACAGUGAGGUAGCUACGCAAGACCAUCAGCGCUCUACGCUACGCCACUGCUUAACGUAAAACAUGAAAACGAAAGAGCGCAGAUGACAUCGUCCUUUCCUUGACUCCUUAAAAAAAUAAUCUGCAGAUUAAUCGAUGAUGGAAAUCAAACACUAGAUGCCGACCUCUAUCAGUAAACAUGCACCAUAGUAACCUGGUUUAAUUAAGUGGACCCUGAAUGCAUCGGCGAAGGGAACACGCCCCCCUCAUUAUUUAGGCAUGCGCAGAGGACGCCUUUUUUGUGUUUCACGAAAUUAAAGACUUAUAUACCAUAAAUUUGUGCAUUAAAAAAAUCCCCAGAAUGAUAAAUUUUUCUGGCAGAGGACCCUCAAACCUCCUGCUUCAUUCGUGUCCCCCCCAAAAUGAAAACGAAACGUCCGCCUUCGCCUGAACGCAACACAAAACGACUCCUAAAAGUGCCUUUAGGUGGAUUUUCCCUUCAUCUACAACCAAUAACCACCGUCUGCAUUGAUGAAUCACGUCACCUGGUUGUUGUGAUCAUGUUCUCGUGCUCGUUUGUACAGUGAUUUAUUUUGUCUCUCCAUGACUGUAGUCGUCUUUGCCACACCGAUAGCUUUAGGUAGAGUAACCAACCUCAGAGUCUAGAUCAUCAACAGGAAACACUAACUCAAGCAGUGACAGCAUUUCUCACGUUUAGGGGCCUUGUGUUUGUUUCUUUGUUUUUUUUAUUUUGCUUAUUGAUGUAAAUUAUUUAUGUACAGUACUCCAUAUUUAUUUUAAGCUUUACAAAUAUGCUAGAUGGCAAUAAUACUACCAAGAGUUGAGAACUCAAGCCUUAUAUGUGUAUAUGUAUGUUUUUUUAACAGUGAAUAGAUCGUGUAUUCAGUCCGUUACAGAGCUCAUGUUCCCUUUUAUUUAAGAAGUGAGCAUUACAGAUAACACUUUCUUUUUUUUUACAGUGAGGUUUCUGACUUGUUUUUGUUACACAGUGUGUGUCAUGGAUUUCUUAGUUAAAGGAAUAUAAUAACGUCUGCCUCCGACACCGUACUAUUUAUGAAUAUGCACAUCUGGAAAAGGCAGGCGGCGUUUAUGUUAAAUGCAGUUUUAACACUACUAGAUGCUUUUUGAGUUUGAAGCCGCGAAGCAAAAACCAUCACGUGAUCAGUCUUAAAAUCGAUGCACAGUAUUGGGAACUCUGGAUCAACACACACACACACACACACACACACACACACACACACACGCAGCUGCUCCUCCAGAUCAAAACCAACAAGCAACAGCAGAGUUAUCAAGUGCAAUAUACCAAUCCAUGGCAAAGAUCAACACCUUUUGUUCACAACUUGGACUGUAAUUUGUUUUCUCCUCUGACAUGCACAUGCUUUUUGUUGGUUACAAUAUUCGUCAUCUUCAGAUGUCCUAACCUAAGAGCCAUGAAGUAGUAUUUAUUUGUAGCUUUACCUUUAUACAUGCACACACAGCUGUUACGCCCAGGCUCAAAUUUAAUUUUGAUUUAAAGAGUGACUUUGGUAUUUUUCGACCUGGAAUCCAUCUUUGCAUGUUUUUGUCUCUAACUGACUAGUGGGAGCAACAGUUUCUGAAAUCAGUCCAGUAUUGAGCGAGACGGCUGCAGACGACAGCCACAAAACAGGCUGCAAUGUAAAGCUAAUGGGGCAAUCGUGCACCUUCACUUUACAUGCGCUAAAAUGGUUUGUUUUGCCACUGACAGGCUCAGAUUAUUCUUCUAAGGGUGUUUUCAGACCUAGCGUUCGCCUGCUUUGGUCCCUCACGAAGUUCCCUCGACAGCAUUUACAAGCUCGUCUUGAUUGGUCACAAUUUCCGUGUGGGAAAAAUCCAGGAAGUAAACCAAACGUUGAAGAAGAGAUAAAUGUGACACUUUCUAAUGUCACAAUGGAGGGACAACUACGCAGGUUGAUUUUAGCGCUGCUCAUCGUGGACUAUAUUGCUGUCAUUGUUCAUUUUAGUCAAACCAUACAGUUUGAAAACGAGGCGCGGCUCCAACUAGAAAACAAUGUUUUGAUGCAUUGGAUGUGCUGAAUGUGCAUAUUAAGGCAGUACAGGAGGAGGUGCACAUUAAUAAUCCUCCAGGACUGUAACAUGCUCAUGUUUAACCCAAACAAUGUGUCAUGUGACUGCAGUUGCUUCACAUCCAGGUCGGAACACCUUCUCACGACAAAUGAACCGCACCAGAGUUCGAGACCACCUCUUCAAGAAGGAACGUACUUAGGGGGCAAACAAACUUGAGUUUGACUGAACUGAACCAAACAGGGCAGGUGUGACACCUUAAUGUCUUGACACAUUAUGGAAAGGAUCCUUACAGAGACGGACUUUUUUUUUUUAAUUAACCAGAAACAGCCCUGAAAUCGGUAUCACCACACCCACCAGACUCCAUUUAAAAAAAUUGUAAUUUUAGCGCGUAAAGAGGCAGCAUGUUUUCAAAUCUAACUAAGUGAAUUAAGGGUUAAUUUCAACCAAACCAGAGCUGGUGAUUGUUAGAGCAGUGGAAAGAAUAACCAAGACAGUUUUGUGAGUUUUAUUUUGUUUCUGUCGGCUUUGAAUUAAAGGAGCUAUAUGUAAGAAAUAUAAAGCAAAUAGUUGUAAAAUCCUCCUAAUAUGUCACAGAGACUAAGGAAUAAUGUUCAUAUAACAAACUGAUCUCACCGACAACAAUAGUACAGCCAGAAUAUUCGCAUUUAAAAAAUAUUUUACGGUCCGCAAAUCAUGUUUUGAAUUUGUGUUCUGGCCUGUUGCGCCACCCACCGCCGUCUACCAGCCACGCAGUCAGUAGAGUCUCAGCAUCAGUUACAGUUACAACUGAGCUACAGCAGCACGGCAAGCAGCAUUAGCAGUGUCCCGGUACAUAGCAUUAGCAGCCGGCUCCUCCUCAGCUGUAUCCCGGCAGCAGCGUUAGCAGCAGAGAAGCCGGACUUGCUCGAACGGUCCGCUGGAAAACCGAAGAUCAAGGACGCGGCGACGCGGCCCUGCCACGGCAGCCGCCCGUGGGCAAACAAAUCAGUCUCCAGCGUGCCGCUGUCCAGCAACCUCGAAUCUGUAGGGGAGGGGGGGCGGACACGACUCGCGGCAGUAUUUUGAAUUUGAGUGCAGUAACCGUUUUGGCCACAUUGUUACAUACAGCGCCUAUAAGUGCGUUUUACUGUUAUAAAAUGACGGUUUUUUAAAAUGGAGUCUGGUGGGUUUGGCGAAAGUGAUUUUGUGGCUGUUUCUUGUAAAACAAAAAGGUCUAUCUCUGUAGGGAUCCUUUCCGUCAUGUUGUCUGACACUUAAAAUAUCAAUACAGAGCCUGUCAGUGGCAAAAACAAGCACUUGUAGCGGACAUAAAUCAACAGUGCACAAUUGCCCCAUUGACUUUACAUUACAGCCUGUGUCUCUGCUGGCGGCUGCGGCCCUCUUGCUCAAUAGUGGAGAAGUUCCAAAUAUUGUUGUCUCCGUUUGUCACUUAGACACAAAAAAACAGGGUCCAGGUUGAAAAAUAUUAAAGUUCCCCUUUAAUAUUUGAUGGACACACUAAAAUGUUUCUGACGAUAACCUGAAAACCAAACCGUACACUACUUUGUAAAUCGAUUUUCUUUCUCACUCACAACUAAAUCUUGAAAACACUACACUUAAAACAUAUCCAGACCAGGUUUUACUGUAAUUUGUGGCGAGGCAUCCCACAGAUGUACUUUAGUUUUAUAAUGUACCCUUAUAUCCUAAUGGCAGACUAUGAAUUACAGCCAAGUAAACAAGUUCAGCAUUUAUUUUGUGCACACAAUUUGUACUGUAUCUUCGAAUGAGAUCGAUCACUUAUCUCAACACAUUCAUUUUUUUUUAUUUUGUCGUGUGCACACUGAAAAAGUCAAGAACAUUUUGAAAAUGCGCAGAAUUUGUAGCAACAAAACAAACGUUAAGAAAUAUCAGUAUUUAAAGGUGAAUAUCAGACGUUUUAAUACCAUCCAUCCUUUUCAAAAUGUCCCCUUUUUCCAGUGUGCACACCUUUAAGAACCUCAGAGUCUUUACUGUAAUCUGUGGCAAGGAAAUCCUCCGGCCGUUUUCAAAAUGUGAUGUUCGGUGUUGAGAACACAUGAGCUCUUUCGGUAAAGUUCAUUCUGCCUCUUCUUCCCCCCACCCCCCCCUGUUUUUUGUGCAAUGACAUGCAGGAACCCGGAUUCACGUUGGGAACCCAUGUGUUAUGGAUCUGUUAUAUCAGUUUCAUGUUAUUUGUGGUCAAGAGUUCAAAGCAUUUUUGUGUUUGAGAUGGUCUGUGCAGUCUAUUUUUUAUUUCCCUCCUCGCCUGUGAUUGUGUGCGUGUGCGUUGAGGUGUGAGUGUGAUUUUUAUUUCUCCUGCUCUUUGACUCUUUUUCCCUCCUCCUCCUCCUCCUCCUCCUCCCUUUCAUCGUCAGUAUUUUAUUUUUCAACUUGUAAUUAAGUAUAUAUUUUCUCACUAAUAUAUACUUUACAAAAAAUAGACUUGCGUGAAGUAUGAUGUGCACUUGAUUGCUCUUGUUCAUUUUUCUUUUUUGCAUUAAUGUGGGCUAGGGAUAGUUCGUCAGAGUCCAUUAUUUUGAGAUUGUUUGGACUUUUUUUUUAAUGGUUUGAUGUAAGCAGCAUUUUUUUGUAAAUAUUGUGAAACAUUACAGGUCAUGCAGUGAUGUAACAUUUUGAACAAUGUUGCACAGAUGUUUAAGAUAUUAAAAACAUGGUCACUCUUA